GUAGUGGAUAAUCCAUUCAACUUCCUGUCCCAUGGCAUCCUCCGUGUCGCUGCUCAAAACGGAUGCGGUCAACCCCAUCACCGCCUUACCUCCAUGGCAGCACGAGCCGCAAUUUCGUCAGCACGCAUAAGCAACACGACAAGCAUCGCUCCCCUGCUGCGCUCCCCGCUCGCGCCCCCUUCGGCUCUCUCCUUCCCCCGGCGUCCGGCCCGAGGGCCGCGGCUCUGCACGGCUCGCCGCCCCGAGUCCUCCCUCCAUGACCCGGCCGGCGAGCCGGCGGAGGACCUGGACGACGACGACGGGUUCUUCGGAGGCGACGGCGGGCCGAUGACGGAGGACGAGAGCGACGGCGAAGAGGACGCGGAGAGCAGCGUCGAUUUGCUCCUCAGGUUCUUUCAGAGCAUGUUCAGGAAGGUGGCCCGGCGAGCCAAGAAGGGCUCUCGCUCCGUUCUGCCCGACGCGAUACCGCCGCAGCUGGUUUCCUUUGCGGUUGAUGGGAUUCUACUACUAGCGUCACUUUCCAUUUUGAAGGCACUUCUUGAGGUGGCUUGCACUCUUGGUGGCUCUGUAUUUGUGGUGAUCCUCCUCCUGCGGGUGAUCUGGGCGGCUAUCUCAUAUUUCCAAUCUAAUGGGGGUGGCUUGAACCAAGGUGGGAAUACCUUUGGUGGGGCACGACCUAUAUGACAGACAACUUCAUUUUGGGCUGAUGCAUUUCUCUAUGACUACUUCAGAAUUCUCCUUACUUCAACCUUGCUUAUGUCUAUAAGUUGAACCACUAUGUCUGUACUCCGAAAAUUUAGGUUCUCAGUUAGUUAUCUGUCGGCUGUGAAUACGAGUACUGCUAUACUUAUAAUACUUGAGAAUUGUUUAUUAGAGAUUGUACUAAUAUCCAUCAUCCAUUAUAUUGCAAAUACAUCCAGUGUUCCAUUUGUAUUGUUUAA